CUUUUUGAUUCGUCUCACUCUUCUGCUUUUCUGUCAACUCGAGAUUCAUCUCAUUCGAAUUCCGUUCUUCCAUCGUUCGUUGCGGUAGAGUGGAACAGCCAGGUGGUGUGGCGCUUUCGGAGUAUUGACCUCGGCGCGACUGUCCACGGCCGGCUCAUUGCGUCGUGGUGGGUGGAAAGUACAAGACGGGCGUGCUUGCAUCUUGGUCCAGGUUGCUUGCUGGCUAGGCUGUGAGCUACGUACCUUCUCACUAAAAGGGCACUUCGACCAGCCAGAAAUCCGGGUUCUUUGACAGCCAGCCAGCUCGCGUGUUGUACAGCGCAUUGCAAGACGGCUUCUUUCGGCCAAGCUAGCCGCGCCUGGUUGUUGUACCGCAUCACCAUCCAUUGCAACGAGAACAUAUACGUCCCCAACAACGACCAACCAACACAUAUCCUCGCGAGGACAUCAUCGACCGUCACCCGUCCGCUCGACGACAUCAUUCACACCGCGCGUUCGCCAACAAGCAGGGGCCCGCGCAACCGCUGUUUUGCGGCUUGAGCUGCAGCUCGAGGGAAGCCAUUGCGAGAUUGCGGCCGGCGCAAGCGUAGCGCGAUUAGAGUCGUUGAGUCGUCCAGCGGAUUCACCAUCGGAAGCAAGAGAAGAGCCAUUCGCAUUUGUGGCAGAGGAAGAAAGAGGUGAAACUCCGCCCUGCGCGCAGCCGAGACAUUUGCCAUCACGAUGCCAUUGUGCGGCGGGACGAAGACGGUGCAGCGCAAGCUGGUAUUGCUAGGCGACGGUGCUUGCGGAAAGACUUCAUUGCUUAACGUGUUCACGAGGGGAUAUUUCCCAACAGUAUACGAACCCACCGUCUUCGAGAACUACGUCCACGACAUCUUCAUCGACAAUGUCCACGUGGAACUCUCCUUAUGGGAUACCGCCGGGCAAGAAGAAUUCGACCGACUCCGAUCGCUCUCGUACGAUGACACCCACGCCAUCAUGCUCUGCUUCAGCGUCGAUUCGCCCGAUUCAUUAGAGAACGUGGAAAGCAAAUGGGUAGGAGAAAUUGCUGAGAACUGCCCCGGCGUAAGAUUAGUGCUCGUUGCGCUCAAGUGCGAUUUGCGAGAGGCGAAAGACGAGGAUGAUGACGGGGCAGCCCCAGCAAGAGAGGGAAAGAAGGAGUUGAUCGAUUAUAAAGCCGGACUCGCGGUUGCGGAAAAGAUCAAGGCGUUGAGAUAUCUUGAAUGCUCCGCCAUGAAGAAUCGAGGCGUUAACGAAGCCUUCACCGAGGCCGCACGCGUGGCAUUACAAGUCAAGAAUGUCAAGGGCGAUAAGUCGUCUGCUGCGAGCUGCUCCAUGAUGUAAAGGAGACGGCCACGCCACAGCUUUCAUGAAAGAGAGGGAAGGGCGAAUCUUGUUUGUGUGUGUGCAUACUAGCAGUUUUUCCGGUUUCGCUUUUUUGCUGUCCUCAAGUGGCUUUUCCUAUUUAUUGCUCUUUUUCGCGUUGUUUUGUCGAGAACCCGAUAUACCCCCUCGACUACUACGACGACGACAGCGAUGCCCGCGAUAUAUAUACUACUACUAGUCAGCGCGAGAAGGAAUAUAUCUGUCUAUCUUGUGUUCAUCGGCGGAUCUCAAAAUCAUGAAGGCAGGGUGCGGAUACAUCGAGGAGGUUGUGCUGAUGCCUCGCGAUAUACGGAGUUCAAGUCGCCUUUCUGAUUUUCGGACAUACACG